UGCAAAGCCAUCAAUUACGAGUAUUCGGCUGUCAACAGUCCGUUGCAGAAGUGUGAGUUGAAUGACGCAACUAAGUCGGAAAGACCUCCAGAGUUUUAUAUUUAUCGUAAAGGAUUUUCCUAUUACGAGAUGGUAACUGAUUCAAAGCCACAGAUCCAAAGACCUGCAAAGAUUAUCAAACUACGUUUGGCUACCGUCAUGACGGUGAAUACCGUAUUUAUUUGGAUUGGCCAGAAUGUACACAUGCAGCUGUAAUUUAUUGCGCAAACAUGGAAAGUACUCCCUUGGAAUAUAUCUCCUUGACUGAACAUGAAAACAAUUAUGCUGGAAGUCAUAAAAAAAAUAAGAUGAGAGAAGAAAAGACAUACUUCAAAAAAAUUAGAAUCGUAUUGCCUGAAAAAAGUGUCAAGGGAGACGACUAUUUCUUCACCACUACAAAUUACCCUGGAUCCGCUAAGACACCCUACGCCAGCGCGAGCGAUUGUUAUUCAUAUUCCUGCAGUGUUGACAAUAGAAAAGGAAGUUUCAAAGUGGAUUUGACUGGAACUAGCUUUCAUUUGCCCAACGCUAUUGCCUACGGCUUCAACUCGUACCCAAGCUGCGUGAAAAAAGUUUAUGCGGCUUCGAUGAGCAGUGACAACUUACGUUGGUCUGGAAAGUGUGGAGGUUACUGUGGAGAAUGUUCGCCGAAAUCCUUCAGUUUGUUGUUGAAUGGCUGCUAAUCCUGAUGUCUAUCUGAAGUGAACUAGUAUAAUAGUUUAUUCACAAAUUGCAAGCUAAAAUGGUGAAAAGAUUUGCGCUUGGAUAUAUAUGGUUAAUUGCACCACAUUACACUGCUGGUCGACCUCUUUAAAAUCCACCAUCUCAGAUGCAUUCUUUUUCACCAAUAUAUAACU